UCUUUACCUAUACACCCAACUCCUAUCAUACUGAAAUGAAAAUCUGCUUCAGAAGUUUGAACCCCGCCAUCUAGCUAAAUUUUCUAUCCCAAUAGGUCCACCCACAAAAAUUUUGUUCCUUUCAACUCUCAUUGGAACUUUUCGAUAUCUUCAGAUCAAGCAAAUUAUAUUCCCAAUCAGAUGAAGCACUCUUGUGUUCAUUCCAAGUGGAUUUUGUUCAUAUUCUUUCACGGAAUUCUUCUUUUGCUUAUGAGCUCAGGUUUGAAAUCUGCAAGAAUUCUCGCUUUUGCGGCAAAUGAGACUGAUCGCCUGGCGUUGCUUGACUUCAAGAGUCGGAUUAGUGAAGAUCCACUUCAAAUCAUGAGCUCAUGGAAUGACUCCACCCAUUUCUGCAACUGGUUUGGCGUUACAUGCAGCUCCUCCAGUAAAAGAGUCAUGGUUCUGAACCUGGAAGAUCAAAGAUUGGCUGGCUCCAUAACACCUUCUAUGGGAAAUCUUACGUACCUUACUGGAAUCAACCUGAGAAAAAACAGCAUCUACGGUGAAAUUCCUCAAGAAGUGGGAAGACUACGGCAGCUGCAGCAUCUCAACUUGAGUUUCAAUUCCUUUGGUGGAAACCUUCCGACUAAUCUAAGUCACUGUACACAACUUAGAGUGCUUGAUGUUGCUUACAACAAACUUGUUGGGCAGAUUCCAGAGCAGUUCAGUUCAUUGUCAAAGUUGGUUUACCUUAAUCUUGGUGUGAAUAACCUUACAGGAACUAUCCCAGCGUGGAUAGGGAACUUUUCUUCUUUGAAUAGUCUUUUCCUUCUCCUGAACAAUCUACAAGGGAGCAUACCUAGUGAGCUUGGCCGCCUAUCAGGCUUGGGAAUUUUUCAACUUUAUGGGAAUAAUUUGUCCGGAACACUGCCAUUUGAAGUCGGUUACUUAAAAAAUCUUGGGGAGUUAGAUGUCUCGAAUAAUCGAUUAUCAGGUGAAAUCCCAAUUUCCCUUGGUAGUUGUACUAGUUUGGUGAGUUUGCAUUUGGAGGCUAAUUCAUUUGAAGGAGCAAUUCCUCCAUCUUUGAAGACACUAAAAGGUUUAGAAGAAAUUGAUAUUUCUCGCAAUAACUUGUCGGGGCAGAUUCCUCAAUUUCUCAGCAAGUUUUUGUCACUUGAGCAUCUUAAUCUUUCUAAUAAUGAUCUCGAGGGAAAAGUGCCAAGUGAAGGGAUUUUUUUGGACGUAAGUGCAAUUUCAAUCUUUGGAAAUGACAAGCUAUGUGGAGGCGUCCCAGAAUUACUUUUAUCAAAAUGCUAUAGAAAGAGUCCACGUUCAUCCAUGAAACGCCUUGCACUUAAAGUUGUAAUUCCUGUCAUGUUGGUACUUGUUCUAUUGUGCUUUUUCCUCACAUUUUAUAUGGUUAAAAAAUGGAGAAAGAGACCUUUGGUUGCAUCUUCCUUAAAGGAUUGGCGAUUAGCAUGUAUAUCUUAUGCAGAACUUCAAGCAUCAACUAAUGAUUUCUCUCUGGACAAUUUGAUCGGUUUAGGUAGUUUUGGUUCUGUAUACAAAGGAUUUCUUUCUAGCAAUGGAGCAAUUGUUGCAGUUAAAGUUUUAAACCUUCGACUACAAGGAGCUUCCAAGAGUUUCAUCAAUGAAUGCAAUGCUUUGAGAAGUUUACGGCAUCGUAAUCUCCUUAAGAUUAUCACUGCUUGUUCAAGCAUUGAUCAUAAAGGGAACGACUUUAAGAGUCUAAUUUUUGAGUUCAUGUCUAAUGGAAGCCUAGACCAGUGGCUGCAUCCUAAAGAGGAUGAGCAACAUCAGUACAAGAGAUUGAGCUUUAUUCAAAGACUAAACAUAGCCAUGGAUGUUGCUUAUGCAUUGGAAUAUCUUCAUCACCAUUGCGAAACGCCGAUUGUACACUGUGAUGUAAAGCCAAGCAACGUCCUCCUCAAUGAAGAUAUGGUAGCGCAUGUUGGCGACUUUGGAUUAGCGAAGUUCGUCUUCGAAGCAUCACAUAAUCCCUUCAAAAAUGAAACCUUGUCAGAGUCCUUGUCAAUUGUGCUGAAAGGUUCCAUUGGGUACAUUCCUCCAGAGUAUGGGAUGGGUGGCUCAGUUUCCGUACUUGGAGAUAUUUACAGCUAUGGCGUCCUCUUGCUAGAGAUGUUCACUGGAAAAAGACCUACAGAUAACAUGUUCAAAGAUGGCCUGAGCAUUCACAAGUUCAUUGCAAUGGCUUUGCCAGAACAUGUUAUGGAUAUAGUGGACUCAACAAUGCCCUUUGAAGAAGGUGAAGAAGAUGCUGAUGAUGAGACAAAUAACGAUGACAUAGAAGAAGGCGCAAUAAUCGAAGAAGUUGAUCGUCAUUUCAAUGGCAGAAAUAAAGUGAAGGAUUGCUUGGUCUCAGUGUUGCAAAUUGGACUAUUGUGCUCUGCAACAUCACCUCAAGAGCGUUUGCCCACGAAUGAUGUCAUCAACAAAUUGAGGGCAAUUAGAGACGCAUGCAUAUUGACGUUGUCCUGAAUACAUCACCGUCGUCAAAGCUGAAUGCACGUCUGAAGUAGAUCGAAUUCCUAAUUUACGUAUGAAGUAGUAAUAGAAAUGUACGUGCAUGUUAGGUGUGUCAUUGUUAUCAUGGUACGAUUUGAACCGAUUGGUAUCUAUAAGAAUUAUUCAGUUUAUCACAAUUUCCUU